AUGGCGUCUUUACCAAGCGAUAAUGAAGAUGAGAAUCUGAGCGAUUCUGACGAUGAUUAUGUGCCGUCCAAGCCAGGCUCAGAUAACUCCACAAGUAGUGACAGUGAAGACGAUUCAGAAGAUGACCAACCACUGAGCAAUUUUUUUGCAAAGGGGACACCAAAAUAUCAGUGGAAUAAAGUUAGUGUUUCUUUGGCGCCAUAUACGUCACAAAACCUAGACGACGAGCCUGAAAUAGGAAGACCCAUACAUUAUUUUCAGUUAUUUUUCUCAGAUGAGCUAUUAGAUCAAAUUGUAGAACAAACUAAUUUAUACGCUUGCCAAGUUGACCCGAAUAGACCACUCAACCUUGCUCGAUCUGAAUUAGAAGUCUUCUUAGGAACUGUUGUUUAUAUGUCGAUUCCUGGUUUACCGAGACAUAGACUUUAUUGGAGUUCUGCCACCAGAGUUUCACAGGCAGCCGACUCCAUGUCCAGAAAGCGGUGGGAACAAAUAAAGAAAAACCUUCAUUUCAAUAAUAAUGAGAACCUACCAAAAGAUCGAAAUGAUGUCAAUAGAGACAAGCUGUUCAAACUUAGACCCUUCCUGGAUAAUUUACAGCAAAACUUCGCAAAUCAAGUAAAACCUGAAAAACUCUGCGUGGAUGAACAAACAGUUCCAUUCAAAGGACGCUCUUCCCUAAAGCAAUAUAAUAUAAUCCCAAAAACCCAAUAA